CAUGUGGGCCAUCCACAUUAUCAACGAUUGGUCCAAUGAAAGCAAAGAAAAAAGAUAGGCCGAUAAAGCUUUUUCCCCGCCAAAACCUUCGCAUUGUCUCCAUUAAAAAGUUCGCGACGGUGAAAGCUCUCCAAGAUAGCCUGAUUGCAUGCUGGUUCGCUAAGGAGAAAACAACACGCGCGCAGCGGUCGAGGUAUCAAAGAUGCCUUCCACACACAACGUUGACAAGCCGUGGGAUACGGAGGACAUUGACAAGUGGAAGGUCGACCCAUUUACGCCAUCUGACAAUGCUGGAGGCACGUUCGCUGAAGAGUCGUCCUUCAUGACGCUCUUCCCCAAAUACCGAGAAGUCUACCUGCGGCAAUCUUGGCCUUUGGUCACAAAGGCCCUCGAGAAGUAUGGUAUUGCCACAACCUUGGAUUUGGUCGAAGGUUCAAUGACCGUCAAGACGACCCGGAAGACAUUCGAUCCCGCCGCUAUCUUAAACGCACGAGAUCUAAUCAAGCUCCUGGCACGGAGUGUACCGGCGCCACAAGCCAUCAAAAUAUUGGAGGAUGGGGUCGCAUGCGAUAUCAUCAAAAUUCGAAAUCUCGUCCGGAACAAGGAACGAUUUAUCAAGAGGCGACAGAGGAUCCUGGGUCCCAACGGCAGCACCCUCAAAGCACUGGAGCUGCUCACUUCAACAUAUAUUCUUGUGCACGGUAACACGGUCUCAGCGAUGGGUCCUUACAAGGGAUUAAAGGAGGUUCGAAGGGUUGUGGAGGAUUGCAUGAACAACGUGCAUCCUAUCUAUCUGAUCAAAGAGCUGAUGGUCAAGAGGGAGUUGGCAAAAGAUCCCGCGCUCGCAAAUGAGUCUUGGGAUCGCUUCCUGCCCAACUUCAAGAAGCGCAGCUUGAGCCAUCGCAGGGUCCCGCACAAGGUCAACGACAAGAGCAAGAAGACGUACACGGCAUUUCCCCCGGCUCCGGAGAAGAGCAAGGUCGAUCUACAAAUCGAGAGUGGAGAGUACUUCCUCGGCAAGGAGGCCAAGAAGCGAGCGGCAGAGACAGAAAGGCAAGAACAGGCAAAGGUCAAAAAGGAGGAAAGGAAACGGGAGCGAGAGAAGGAUUUUGUGCCACCGGAAGAGCCAGGCACCCAGACAAAGAAGAGGAAGACCAAGGCUUGAAAGUAUCAAGCGGCGUUUACAAGUGUACCAACAUAUCGUCACUGAAUAUAGGGGUAUUUUCCGAUCGAAAGGCAGGCUCUCGCCCAAUAAAAUCCCAUGCGCA